UCUUGCAGGAAAUGAAGCUGACAUGCGAAAACGACCUAAGUACGGACAAGGACUUCAUGUGCCGUCUCCACAUAGCUUGUGAACAAGCUAAGCGCACCCUGUCUUCAGCUUCUGAGGCCACUGUUCAAGCGACCUCUCCUAAAUUUUGUGAGGAUUUUCGCUCCACGAUCACACGUGCACGCUUCGAAGCGCUGAAUUCGGACCUCUUCCGCUCCACCAUCGAAACAGUUGUUCAGGUCCUUGCAGAGGCAAAAAUGGACAAAAGUUCGAUUGACGAGAUCGUUCUUGUUGGUGGCUCAACUCGUAUUCCAAAAAUCCAGACGCUGUUGGUUGAAUUAUUUAAUGGCAAGGAAGUGAACAAGAGGAUUAACCCUGAUGAGGCUGUCGCCUAUGGUGCUGCUGUACAGGCUGCCGUCUUGCGAGGAGACAAGAGUGACGCACUGCAAACCGUGACAGUGCAGGAAUUAACUCCGUUGUCGUUGGGAAUUGAGACACAAGGAGAAGUGAUGUCCGUUGUGGUCAAGCGCAACACUCCCAUCCCCACCAGGAAAAAUAAGAAUUUCACUACUUGCCAUGAUAAUCAAACUUCCGUGCGUUUCAAAGUCCACGAGGGAGAACGGGCCAUGUCCAAAGACAAUACCUUGUUGGGGGAAUUUGUAUUGUCCGAGAUCGUGUCUGCUCCCAGAGGAGUCCCUUCAUUUGAUGUAACCUUUGAAAUCAAUGCCGAUGGGAUGCUCCAUGUUUCUGCACUGGACAAGCUGACUCGCUGCAAGAGACAGAUCACUGUCAAUUAUGAAGACCGCUUGAGCGAAUAUGAGAUUGAAGAAAUGAUGGAGAACAGCAGGAAAUACCAUGAGGAGGAUGAGUUGCAGAGGGAUCGCGUGUUGGCUAAGAACUCAUUCGAGAGCUUUGUGUUUGGCUUGAAGAACGCCCUAGAGGAUGAAGACUUCAAGGAUUACGACAUCCCAUUAGACGAAGAAGCCCUUUUGGAUAAAUGCGAGGAAGCCAUCGAGUGGCUUGAUGCUAAUAAGAUGGCUACAAAGGAGGAAUUUCAGCAAGAGCAAAAUGAAUUGGAAAGACUGUGCGAUGCUGCUAUAGUCGAGAAGUACCAGUCCUGGUGCCGUUCCUCCCUGGAGUUGCAGCAGCGGCUAGGGCUUCGCCUGGAUUGAAGCAGGAGAAAUGGAUUUUACAAGAAAUUGAUUAAUUGCAUACUAUCGCAAGCAUGUCGGUUUUGCAAUCUAUCUCCAAAUAGUUAACUCCUUCACUGCUGCCUUCAACUUACGCAUCAUAUGAUAGCACUGAAGAUCUUUAUGACUAAAAUUGAACAUUUUUCCCGAGUGGUAGGAAGUUGAAUCGUGAAAUUGGAGUGAUCCAUUUGAUAUCGUGGACGAUCUGGAAUAUAAGAAUUAUGAGUUGAGUGACCAAG